GGCCGACGGGGUCGCGCCGCCCGUUCUCGCUCCGGAACCCUGUCCGGCCGCUGCUGCCUGGCUCGGCCGACUGGAAUGCCCGGCUGGAGGAAGACGGACGCAGCGCCGAGAACGAGCCUUAAGGACUCGUGCGCCUGACGCCGGCCGUUCCCGGGCCCCUGGUAUGCAGCGUAGGCGGAGCGCUGAGGGCCAGCGGGUCGGCCCUAGCGGGCGCCGGACCUCCCUAACCCCGAAGCCGUCCACGUUGUGGAGACCGCGGCGCCGGACGUGACGCCACAGUGGAGGAAGAAGAGAGAGGCGGGGCGCGACGCGGUGACGUCCUCCCAAGAUGGCGGAGAGAGGGUGAACAAACUGUUCCCCCGGGCGGCGAUCGAUCAAGGGCAAAAUUGCAUCCUGAUAUCAAAAUGCAGUAUUCACACCACUGUGAGCACCUUUUAGAGAGACUGAACAAACAGCGAGAAGCAGGUUUUCUUUGUGACUGCACCAUAGUGAUUGGAGAAUUCCAGUUUAAGGCCCAUAGGAAUGUGCUCGCCUCGUUUAGUGAGUAUUUUGGUGCAAUCUACAGAAGCACUUCUGAAAACAAUGUGUUUCUUGAUCAGAGUCAGGUGAAGGCUGAUGGAUUUCAGAAAUUGUUGGAAUUUAUUUACACAGGAACUUUAAAUCUUGACAGUUGGAAUGUUAAAGAAAUUCAUCAAGCUGCUGACUUUCUCAAAGUGGAAGAGGUGGUAACUAAAUGUAAAAUAAAGAUGGAAGAUUUUGCUUUUAUUGCUAAUCCCUCUUCUACAGAGAUUUCUAGUAUUACUGGAAACAUUGAAUUGAAUCAACAGACUUGUCUUCUUACUCUACGAGAUUAUAACAGCCAGGAGAAAUCCGAAGAUUCUACAGAUUUGGUUCAGGCAAAUCCUAAACAAGGGGCUUUAGCAAAGAAGUCAUCUCAAAGCAAAAAGAAGAAAAAAGCUUUUAACUCCCAGAAAACAGGGCAGAAUAAAACAAUGCAGUAUCCCAGUGACAUUUUAGAGAAUGCAUCUGUUGAGUUAUUCCUAGAUGCAAAUAAAUUGUGCACACCUGUAGUCGAACAAGUUGCACAAAGAAAUGAUAAUUCAGAACUUGAGUUGACGUCAGUUGUAGAGAAUACUUUCCCAGCACAAGAUAUUGUGCAAACCGUUACAGUGAAACGGAAACGUGGAAAAUCCCAGCCAAACUGUGCUCUGAAAGAACACUCCAUGUCUAAUAUAGCCAGCAUCAAAAGUCCAUAUGAGCUGGAGAGCUCUGGGGAAGAGCUGGACCAGAGGUACUCCAAGGCCAAGCCAGUGUGUAACACCUGUGGGAAAGUCUUUUCCGAAGCUAGCAGUUUGAGAAGGCAUAUGCGAAUACAUAAGGGAGUUAAACCCUAUGUGUGCCACUUGUGUGGGAAGGCAUUUACACAGUGUAACCAGCUGAAAACACAUGUGAGAACUCAUACAGGUGAGAGGCCAUACAAAUGUGAAUUAUGUGAUAAAGGAUUUGCUCAAAAAUGCCAGCUUGUCUUCCAUAGUCGCAUGCAUCAUGGUGAGGAAAAGCCCUACAAAUGUGAUGUGUGCAAUUUACAGUUUGCAACUUCUAGCAAUCUCAAGAUUCAUGCAAGGAAGCAUAGUGGAGAGAAGCCAUAUGUUUGUGAUAGAUGUGGACAGAGAUUUGCCCAGGCCAGUACACUGACCUAUCACGUCCGUAGGCAUACGGGGGAAAAGCCUUACGUGUGUGAUACCUGUGGGAAGGCUUUUGCUGUUUCUAGUUCUCUUAUCACUCACUCUCGAAAACAUACAGGUGAAAAACCAUACAUAUGUGGUAUUUGUGGGAAAAGUUUUAUUUCCUCAGGAGAGCUCAACAAACACUUUCGAUCCCAUACAGUAGUGUGAAGUUGUUUGAAGAAAUACUGUAUAUAAAGAAUGAAAACCAAGAAAAAUGCAGUUUCAAAAAGUAUAUUGUUCUUUUUCUUUUUAAAAGUUCUUCCUCAUAACUUCUGCCUAGAUAAGUGUGAAUACUGGUAGGGAUUUAGUAGAUGUGCGGGCAGCUUCUGGGCGUGCCCCUGUGGCACAUGCUGUACCACUGUUUGUCAUUGGAAGCUCUAACAGGUUCACCAUCACUGCUCUGUUCUCUCUUGCCCCCUGCUUGAUGGUGUAAAGCACCAAGUAGUAUUUAUUUCAAAGGAAUUAUGUUAAGAGUGUUGUCAGUAUUUCUUUGGGGUCUUCUUUUUUUUUUUUGGCGGAACCGGGGAUUGAACUCAGACCCUUGCACUUUCCAGGUGAAGCACUUUUUCUACUGAGCUGUCUCCCUGGCCCAAUCUUUGGGGUCUUCUAAUUUGGAGGCACCUGAGAGCAGAAACCAUAAUUAAAUUUUUUUCCCUCUAACAGUCUGUCUCUUAGCCAGUAUUUGGCAUAUAGUUGACACCUGGUAAAUAUCUCACAGAAUGAAAACACUAGGUUAUUCUUGAGUUUGCACAAAAUUGAAGAUAAUGAAAAUGCUCAAUUUCCCCUGAUACAGGGUUAUAUUUUCUAUAAAGCAGUGCCUAUGUGUAGACUUUCUCAUUUUACUAUGUUAUAACCAAGUAAUUAAAAUGGUAGUUUGAAACCAAAUUUAAACCAUAUAAUAACUUUGCCUUAUAUUUAUGAAUAUUUAUAUUUAGAAGUUUUGAAAAUGUGGACUUUU